GUGGUAAGCAGCGCAAAGCAUGCUGGUACCUCGCUGUCAUGGCUCCGUAUACAAACAGAAACCUCUGAUAAACACAUUUUCAUGAAGUUUAAGCCAAAUUGUCUGCGGCUACAUUUUACCUGUCACACCCAGCCGGAUAAUAAGUGCCAGGUAUUUUAUAAGGAGAUAACAUGUCCGGGGGAAACAAAGCCAUAGAGUUGCAGCUUCAGAUGCGGCAGAAUGCGGAGGACAUGCACAGCUUCAUGAAGGAGCUGGAGAGCUGGGAGACUGACAUCAAGAAGAAGGACGAGGACUUGAAGAAGGGAGGACUUCAGGAGGUUCAGAAGAAUCUCCCGCCUGUGCGCAACAAAGACUACAAAACAAAGAUGAGGGAGAAGAAGAAGAAGAAGAAAAAGAAGGAACACACAGGGAACGGUGACACAGAGGAAGAUGGAUCGAUGGAGGCCUCAAGGAUCAAAGCAUACGACUACCGAUCAUGGGACAAGUUUGAUGUGGACAAAGCUCUGGCUGAGAUGGAUAAGGAGGAGAGCCCUGCUGAGUCCAAUGAGUCAGACUCAGAGGACGCUGCAGCUGAUAAGGAGACAGCGCUGACUGAGAAAGAAAAGGGAAAUGCCUUUUUCAAAGAGGGAAAGUAUGAUGAUGCCAUAGAGUGUUACACCAGAGGGAUGGGUGCAGAUCCUUACAACCCUGUGCUACCAACAAACAGAGCCACCUCCUUCUUCAGACUCAAAAAGUAUGCUGUGGCAGAGUCGGACUGCAAUCUGGCAAUAGCUCUGGACAGCAACUACUUCAAAGCGUAUGCACGGAGAGGAGCAGCACGGUUUGCACUGAAGAAAUAUGAAUCUGCAUUAGAAGAUUAUGAGACGGUUCUCAAGCUUGACCCAGGGAAUGUUGAAGCACAGAGUGAAGUUGAGAAACUCACAACGAUCCUGGAAGAUCAGGUACCUUCCACAAAGAGUGAAGAAACCAAGCCAGAGGAGGCUCCCACAGAGGACCCUGAGCGGCAGAAACUGAUGGAGGACCAGCAGAGACGACAGGAGGCCGUUAUGCAAAAAGACAGAGGGAAUGCUUAUUUCAAAGAGGGGAAGUAUGAAGCAGCUGUGGAGUGCUACAGCAGAGGCAUGGAGGCCGACAGCAUGAAUGUGUUACUGCCUGCCAACAGAGCCAUGGCCUUCCUCAAGCUGGAGAAGUAUAAGGAGGCAGAGGAGGACUGCACCAAAGCCAUUUCUCUUGACAGCACCUACUCAAAGGCAUUCGCCCGCCGAGGCACUGCAAGAGUGGCUUUAGGAAAACUGCAGGAGGCUAAACAAGAUUUUCAGGAGUUGUUGAAACUUGAACCUGGAAACAAACAGGCCCUGAACGAACUCCAGAAACUCCAUCUUGACGAGGGUCCCAGUGGCCUCCUGGAAACACCAGACAGCAUGCAGAGGAGAACAGUUCAGCCAAUAGACAAACCCAAACAUCUGCAGUCAAGGAAACCUCUGAGGAGGAUCGAUAUCGAGGAAGUGAGUGGAACGAUGUCGGUGCCAGAGACGGCGCCCAGCGAAUCCAAGUCCUUCCUGCAGGAGGUGGUGAGAGAGACAGAAGACGAAUCCUCUUCACUGUCGACAUCACCCAGCGCUAAAAUGAUCAAGAUCGAGGAGAUAGCAGAAACCCCUUCUAGCUCAUCAGACCAAGCUCCAUCUACAAGACCGACCAAACAAACAGUGAAGGAGGAAAUGGUUCAUCCACCUGAACCAUCAACAAACCCCUCGCCAUCAGUCCCCGAACUCCCUCCUCCUCCCACCAACAGCUUCCAACUGGAGGCUGAUCUCCGCAAGAUCGGAAACCAGCCUGAAGUCAUUUAUAACUAUCUCAAGCAAAUCAAGCCUGAGGCAUACACAAACAUUUUCCAGAACUCCCUUGAACCUGACAUUCUCAACAAGAUCCUGAGGACGCUGCAUGGUUUCUAUAUAGCGAAUGAAGCCCCAGCCGUCACACUGGAGAUCCUCAGGAGUCUCGCGAGCGUGAGGCGCUUCGACAUGGCCGUCAUGUUCAUGUCAUCCCCAGAGAAGAAAGUGCUUAAAGAACUGUUUGACUCCCUUCAUCAAGCUGAGCUGGAAGCUUCUUCGAUCACGGCGUUACAGAAGAAGUAUGGUGUGUGACGUUUGAAUUGAUGUCACAUCUGUAGACUGUAAAUGUGAACACAAGUUGCUGCAAUGUUCUAAAAGGAAACCAAAGUAGUUAUAUUCUAAUAAACUUUCAUUCAUUUUCAUC